AUGGUUGAAAUGGACGCUCUUCAGCAGAAGUUUUCAAGUCGCAUGCGAAUCAUGGAAGACACAAACAAGUCCCUUCAUUCACAGUUGGUGCUGGCUCGCCGCGAACGAGACACGCACAAGGAGACUUUGGCCAAUGUUGAGCGCAAGAUACUUGAAGAUCGAAAAGCAAAGGAUUCUCGCGACACUGAAAUGCAGAGAGCUCAGGAGAAAAUCAAGGAUAUGCAAAAAUCGUUGGCUGAUGUACAGGCAGAGUUGGAGCGCGCUAACACGGAUCUACGUCUUACAAAGGAAGCCCGUAAGGCAGAUCAAAUUCUGUGGAAGAUCGACAGAGCCCGAGGUAAAUUUUUUGAGUUACAUUUCCACAUUCUGCACAAUCUGUCCAAUGAAGGUCGAAACGAAAAGCUCUCGGAUGAAGAUAUCCAUGCCGUUGAGCAGCUACAGACGAAGUUCCGCGACUGUGAGAAAUUCUAUGUGAAAGAAACGGAACGUCUGACAGAGAAGUUGAAAGCCAUGACACAAGAAUUCAAAAAGCAGCGUAACGCUCAUGAAAGGAUAGUCACAGAGCUGAGAGAACAUGUACGAGUGCUGGAGAUAGAACAACGAAAUCUUAGCCUAAAGAAGGACAAUCAAACAGCAGCCAGUGAGAUUUUGGAGGCAGGGGCGGCUAGACUACAACAGGCUGUGCACUUAAAUGAGCUGCAAAGGUUGACCAGAAAGUACAGAUUGAGUAGUAUUAUAGACCAGCUUCAAUUUGUCACCGAUCCUAUUCGACGCAACGGCAGAAAUGAAGUAGUAGAUGGCAAUCCGGACGGAAUAAAGUAUAUAAUCAAUCAACUGAUUGCUCUUCGCGAUGAGGACGCACAAGCAGUCGUGCCAGUGAGCGAUGACCGCUGUGGAUCAGCACAAACCUAUGGAGAAAAAAACACUUAUACCCCUUCGAUCAGUGAAUGUGACGGUACUUAUGACAACAUCAGUCAAUCAUCACUGAGCAUACGAUCCGUGGCGAGUAUGCCGGUUAAAAGCACUCUUGGCUCUGACAAUCGCAGUGGUUUCGAGCGUUACGGGAAGCACAUUUCUCGACGACCCUACCCUGAUCAUGCUGUGACAGCGCCGCAGGUCAUUCCACGAACUUCAUCUUUCGACCAACACACCGAGACUGGAUCGCAAUCGCACAGAGCAGGUACGACGAGCAUACUUUGUCGCGUGCGACGUGAAGAGCUCGCACGUGGUGGUCAGCCUUCCGUACGACUCAUGGCGCGAGCCUUCGAAGCUAUUGAUAACUGUCCCGCUGAAAAGCAAGGCUUCUUCAGUAUGAGGAAAUCGCGCUCGGUCGAAACGACACAGGGUAGGGACCCUAUCAAGGUGGAAACACCACCUCUCAAACAUAGCAUGAGUAACGUUGAGGUAGAGGAAGCUGCUUCGCCCUAUGCUACGCUACCGCGAGGCGGUCGCAAUCCUUUCAAGAAUAUGGGGUCGAAACUUGUUGAGAGAGUGAGGAGGAGCUUAUCACGAUCGAGUCGACAAAGUAGUGAAGCUCCAGAGUCAGCGGAUCCAAAAGUUGAUAAAAGUUCGUCCAAAGCGGUGAGUUGAGA